AUGGACAGUCAGAGCUAUCCAGACUCGCCCAUGGAGCAGGAUGAGUCCUACCCAUGCAAGGGCUGUGGAGAGACACUAGAAGAGGGGAAAGCCUUUGAACUUGCUGGAAACAGAUGGCAUAUCGAUUGUUUUCGUUGCAGCACCUGCAGCACUCUCCUCGACUCGGAUGCACACCUCCUCUUGCUAGGCGACGGAUCCCUUAUCUGUAGUAACUGCACGUACAGCUGCAGCUCCUGCAAUAACAAGAUCGAAGACUUGGCCAUCUUGACCGGAGAUCAAGCUUUCUGCGCUCAAUGCUUCAGAUGUCGAAACUGCAAGAAGAAGAUCGAGAAUCUCCGUUAUGCGCGCACCUCACAGGGAAUCUUCUGUAUGGAUUGUCAUGAGUCAUUAAUGGCGAGACGAAGAAAACGAAAAGCUGGCGCCAGUAACAAGAGGCCAACGGGGCCCAAUGUGAAACUGGAUAAGUCAUUGCCUUCCUUGCCCCCGAGCAUGGAGGAGGAAUCAAUCAUGGACGAAACACCGGGUGAAUACCCGGAGGGAAUGACGCCUGAUCCUGGCCGAAUGGUGGGAACACCAGAUGUGAAUGAAAGGCCAGAGAGCUCGACUUCAAACCAGGCAGCAGACAAUGAUAAUCUAAUUCUCCCAUCUAGCACAUACCGAAGCAGUCGGCAGUCAAUGGCGCGGAACACUGAUGCAGAUGGUGGUGAACUACUAAUUCCCCUCGCCUUUGACCCCUCGGCCGAAGGUCGCUCUUCCCGUGGGCAUUCGCAAACACGACAAGAGUCUUCCCGUGACUACUUUGGCCAAUUUAGAUCUGGUGAAUCUUCGCACAGGGCCUCUCACGACGGGCGUGAAUAUCUGCAGGAGCCCCCCUCCCGUACCUCUUCCGAAAACCCUUCUCCUCAUAUUGCCUACCAGGAGAAGGGAUGGGAACGAAGCGAUAGUAUCUCACCCGACAAACCUCCACAGACUGCUGAUUCAUCAAAGCCUGCAAGGUCGAGCUCCAAGCGCAAUUCCACCGACAUCCCUAUCAGCUUUGGGGAAGCAAGCAACUUUUCCGACGCUGCUAGCCCCGAUAGUAUUGGUUCGAAGGAAGCCUCCAAUGAUACAAGACGACAGAUUCCCUUGGACGGUAUUACUUCAGCACCAGCUCGUCCCUCGAAUGAACUUCGACGUCUCCACGAUAAUGGCUCUAUGGACUCUGCCCGCUCCCAGCCCUCCAACAUACCCCAUCUGCCCAAGCGGGGCGAUUCUCUUGAAGGCAGGCACCAUCAGCUUCCUAGAAAGGAGGUCGGAUCAUCCCCUGCCUCUUCGCAGUAUGGAGACUCCCCGAUGUUACGGAGUGAUACGUUCGUACCUCCUUCUCGGCCGGCUCCCUUGGAUACAUCUCACCUUGAUUCGCACUCUCAAUUGGAUGGCGCGGGUUCGCCCUCCUUGUUACGUUACAACAGCGGUGGUGACUUUUCCAUGGACGAAGAGUUGUCUCGCAUUAUCGGUGGUGAUGAUCCUGUUGGCCGAGAGAGUGAGUCUUUCUUGCGCCGUGUUUCGAACUCCGUUCGCCAUGGCCGAAGCUACAGUGAGAAGAGCCUACGCGGGGGAAGAGACAUCAAGACGCCCGUAUCUCCAGCCAAUGGAAGUCAAGCUGGCGCAAGCAUUGGUAGUCCCACAGGUUCUCAGUCUGAGGAAAUUUCCUGGCUCCGAAAUGAAUUGCGCAAGGAACGUCAGCGUAUUACCGAGCUGGAAGCAGCUGCUCGUGCCACAGCAAAUGUCAAGCAAGUCAACACUGAACUUUCCGAGAAGCGCUCCACCAUGGUUGUUCUCGACGCCCAGCGAGAGAUUGUUCUGCGUGAGCUCACAGUCCUCACCGACCACAUGGAAGCGGAGAAGCGCGGAGGCACCAGUGGACCAUUGGAUCUUGGAAAACUCUCGAACCGUGUAUUACGGGAGCUGGCCGAAUCGAUCCAGAAGCUGAAAGAAUCCUAUGCCCCGCAGAUUGAGGAACUCAUUCAGAAGCGAAAUGACCUGACUGAGGAACUUGAGUCUAUGGUCAGUCAGAAGGAGAAGACCUUCCAGGAGUUCGAGCAACUGUCAUCAAAGAACGCUCAAUUGGCUGAGCUGAACAAUCAGCUUGUUCAUCAAAUCCAAGAACUCUACAAGGCCACCGAGGGUCAACCCCGAUCCAACGGUCUAGGCAUUUCUCACAACAAGGAGAAGUCCACAGCUUCCAUCGAAGCUCUGAAGCCUGCCAUCAAUGAUCUUCAACCUUCCAUUUCGACUGCUCACAUCGCUGAAGAGUCUGAGCCUGCCACCGCCACGGUCGUUCCAGGACCCCAGGUUGUCAGCAUUCGUAAGGGACAGCCUCGCAAGUUUAACUGGAAGAAGGGUGGCCAGAACGUUGCCAAGGGCGUGAAGGGUCUCAAGGGAGCCUUCAUGGGCACUGAAGGAGAAGCUGCCGGAGGUCUUCCGCGUUCCCAGACUCAGGAUCCAAGUCGUCAAGGCUUUGGAUUCUUUGGGAACCAAAGGCACAAGCAGGGAGGGAAGAUGUCUCAGGCUGACAGCGUGCCAGCGUUAGCUGAAGUUGCUGGUGAUGCACUGUUCGGUGUUGAUCUCGAGGCUCGCAUGGAGCACGAGAAGAGCAUCAUUCCCGCCAUUGUCACCAGGUGUAUUCAGGAAGUUGAACUUCGAGGUAUGGACAUGGAGGGCAUCUAUCGCAAGUCUGGUGCGGCUUCCGCUAUCCAAAUCAUUCGUGAGGGCUUCGAACGCUCUCCGUUCGAUUACGAUAUUUCCGACCCUGACCUCGAUAUCCAUGCUGUUACUUCUACAUUGAAGCAGUACUUCCGCAAGCUUCCCAACCCGCUGGUCACCUAUGAUGUUUACGAGCUUAUCAUCGAUUCUGUGGAAAUCCCCUCCACUCAGGGACGCAUUGAGCUUUUGCAGAAGAGUCUGCUGGAACUCCCUCGCGUUCACCGCGACGUCCUGGAGUUCCUUGUCUUCCAUCUCAGACGUGUUGUUGAGCGUCACGAGGAGAACCUGAUGACCAGCCAGAACGUUGCUGUGGUCUUCGCGCCAACCAUCAUGCGCCCUGAGUCUCUUGCCCGUGAGAUGACUGAUGUCCAGAAGAAGAACGAUGUCCUCAAGUUCCUGGUGGAGAACUGUCAGGAUAUCUUCAUGGGCAUGCAAGGCUAA